UCUGUGCUGUUAAGAUCUGUUUGUGGUUCAAUUCAAUGUAAACUUCGUCAUACUUUUGGACAGCACUUGCACAACUAGGCCUGGUGUCCUUUGUACAUAGGCAUAUGACAGUGGUUAGAAAGAAUCGUCUUGGCGACUUAGCGUCAGUGUGUCAAAGCUUAUACUAAAAUAUCCACGUUUUAAGGAUCAAGAAAGAAGAAGAGGAAGGAGACAAGACAAGACAAGACAAGACAGAAACAUGACAACUGGUGAUUUUAUUCUUGGAACACACAUCUCAGUGCAAUGAUGAAUGUAGCUGUGAUAGGGCUGGUGCUGAUGUUCGCUGGUCCAAUCAUUGGUCUCGACACAACAAACUGCGGCGGCCUCUUUUACAUCAAUAGUCAAGACGACACAGGAGAAAUCAAAUCUCCUAACUACCCAAACAACUAUGGAAUUAUGGACAAAUGCAUUUGGAAGUUCGUGGCAUGUAAUAACUACUCUGUAGCACUGACCAUCCCAUCGUUUGCUGGCCAGGAAGGUUUUAACGGGUCGUGUAGGGACUACUUAGAGAUUCGGGAUGGCAGCUCAAAAGAGGCCCUCUUGGCCGUAGUCUGUAACAGCAGUACUAAUAUGGUUGUGCAAUCAAGAAGCAAGUGGCUUUGGGUGAAGUUUUACAGUGACUAUGAAGGGGUGAAUACUGGGUUCAGAGCCACCUGGAAGUUGGUAUACCAUGGAUACAACAGUCAGCAGAACCCAAUCAAUUUUGCUCGCUGCAUGACACCCAUGAUCUCCUGUCCGAACGGGGAAUGUGUUCCCAUCUCCUAUCGCUGUGAUGGCGUCAAUGAUUGUGGUUACAGCGGGACGGGGUCGGACGAAGACUAUUGGUGUGACUACAAGCUCAUGGAACAACCAGUAAUCUACGCGUGGGGAUUCGGCUCGGGUGCCAUCGCGUGCGUCCUUGUCUUCCUGCUGGCAUUGUGCAUGGAAGGCUACUGCAGUUGCUGUUGCCCGAAAGGGACGAUCGAGAAGUUAGCCUGUUACAAAUGUAUGAACAGACUCAGUGGGAAGGGUGCCAAUCAUGAGAGAAAGAACUGGCCGACCUACAUGCGGAAUCCUGCAAUCCUCAAGCUGACUGGUGACGUGGAGGGGUACAAGGAAUAUGAGAAGUUCGACAAGGAGAGGGAUCAAAAGAAGUACGAGAAGAUUAAGAAGUUGAAGGAGGAGGAAGAACAGAGGGUGCGCAAAGUUUCGAUGAUGAGUAGUAUGGUAUCCUUGCAGGCAAUUAGCCCGAGCCCCACCCCGAAAGGGAAAGGAAAAGCCAAAGCAGUGAGCACUGCUGUGGCGAAGGAUAACAAGCCAGAAAACAAGACUGUUAAGAAAGGCGAAGUGAAUCUGGCCUUCGAGAAUGAGAAUACAAGCGACCCUAAAUCAGUUAAGAAAUUAACGCGGCAGAAGGCGUUUAAUUAUGAAGAGCAGCCCCAACUUGAAGACUUGGAAUUCAGGGAGGGAUUGACACCUCUGCCAUCCCCGAGCCCAAGUGAAAGGAGUUCGGCUCCGGACCUUGAGCCCACUAAGGAGGCUAAGAAGGCUGAUGAUGCCAAAAACACUGAGGUUGCAAAGAAGACUCCAGAUUCAAAGGGUGUAACGAAAGGCAGGGUGAAAGGCGUUGCAAAGAAAAAAUAAACCAUCAAAGUAUGCAGAAAUCUGAAUUGCGGCAUGUAUAGGCCUCUAAUGGUCAGUAACAUCAUUGGCCGAUCAAUAAGUGUGUUUUAAGCACGGAGAAGUUCCGUUGCAAAUUCACAGUACCAGCGCAGAGCAUCCUGGACUGUUUCUUUCCAUGGAUCAUGGAUCCUACCGGGUAUAUACAUCGUAGAUGUCGAACUUCAC